AGAGAGUGGGGUAUUGGUGCUUACUAGGGGCAGGCGUGGUUUCACUGGGUAUAUAUAACAGUGGGAAUACUGUUUAUUUACCCUCUACAUUGAAUUCCUUGGUCUAAGAGUUUCUCUUUCCUGCUAGGAACCAACCAUGACUUUCUACAGGCACUCAGGCCCACGUAGCUAUCUCAGCUCCAUCAUGACCGAGCGCUUCAACUGCUUCUACUGCAGAGAUGAUCUGCAUGGCAAAAAGUACAUCAUGAAGGAUGAAAAGCAUGUGUGUGUGCGCUGCUUUGACAAGCUGUGUGCCAACACUUGUGCAGAAUGCCGUCGACCUAUAGGAGCUGACGCUAAGGAGCUGACCCAUAAGAACCGCCACUGGCAUGAGGACUGCUUCCGCUGUGCCAAGUGCUACAAGCCACUGGCCAACGAGUCUUUUGCAGCUAAAGAUGAUGGCAAGAUCAUGUGUGGGAAGUGUGGUGCCCGUGAGGACUCACCCCGCUGCCAGGGCUGUUACAAAGUCAUCAUGCCUGGGUCUCAAAAUGUGGAGUACAAGCAUAAAGUGUGGCAUGAGGAGUGCUUCAUCUGCUUUGAGUGCAAGCAGCCGAUCCGCUCGCAGAGUUUCCUGACCAAGGGGGACGAAUUCUACUGUGGAGCUUGCCAUGAGAAGAAGUUUGCCAAGAACUGUGCCCGCUGCAAGGAGCCCAUCACCUCUGGUGGGAUCAGCUAUCAGGAUAAACCCUGGCACUCUGAAUGCUUUGUGUGCCUCACCUGCAAGAAGCCGCUGGCUGGUGCUCGCUUCACUGCUCAUGAGGAUGAUUUCUACUGUGUGGACUGCUACAAGACCUCUGUGGCCAAGAAGUGCUCUGGAUGUCAAAAUCCCAUCACUGGUUUUGGCAGAGGGACUAAUGUGGUGAAUUAUGAGGACCACACUUGGCAUGAGUACUGCUUUAACUGUAAGAAGUGCUCUCUCUCCUUGGCUCACAAGCGCUUCGUCAUGCAUGAGGAGAACAUCUACUGCCCUGACUGUGCCAAAAAGCUGUAAGACUGCAGAUGAUGUUUCCAGAUUGCAUUUUAUGGAAGUUUCCACCUUAUACUGGUGGCAACUAGAAUUCAUUAUUAGUGCUUUUGGUCUGCUCCUUAAUUGGUGAUUCAAUAAUCAAGCUAAUCAAAGGCAAAAAAACAAACAAAAAAAAAAACAGGGCAAAUAGGAUGGUUUUACUGAUGAUGUGCUGCACAGAUUGAAGCAGACAGUAUUUUUCUUGGUAGAAAAUAGCAAGUGGUGUGUAAUCAGUGUAAUAAAAUUUGCAGUCAGUUCUCCAUUACUUCACAGCAGUACACGAGUGUCUCUGGUGAGAUGCAAUACUGUAAUAAGAUUUUAGAUUCAAUUUAAAUACAUAAAACCACGCAGGCUUUACUGGAAGAUUUGUCAUGCCGCUUUGUGAAAAUGUAUUUUGUCUGUUUAACAUAAUUAACACACACGAGUAUUAUGCUUUUGAAAUUCUGAUGCGACACAUUUAACAUGAAUCCUUUGGCAUGCAACAACAUUAGUAUAUACUUUAUUCAUGGCAUUUAGAGUGAAGUAACAAUGAAUCUGAACAAUAAAUUUCAAGCUUCAACUAAA